AGGGAGUUCUCUCUUCUCCUCGAGUUUAGUCCUCUACAAUCAACCCAAACUCAAAAUGGUAGGCAAAGGAGAGUGUGCAGAUGAUGUCGAUCCAAUGCCUUUUCUGGCUCCCACUGAAAAGGAGCUACUGGAAUAUAUGAGCAAGCCCUACGAUAUUAAGAAGUCGUGCUGGAUAAAGGAUGAAAAAGAUGGUUUUGUUUCAGCAGAGAUCCAGUCUGAACAAGGUGACCAAGUCACUGUGAAGACGGCCAAGAAUCAAACGAUAACCUUGAAGAAAGACAAUGUUCAGCAAAUGAAUCCACCAAAGUUUCAUCAAGCCACAGACAUGGCCAACUUGACCUUUCUAAAUGAAGCAAGCGUCCUCGUAAAUCUCCGUGAUCGCUAUGUCAAAAUGCGGAUUUAUACAUAUUCGGGGUUGUUCUGUGUAACGGUAAAUCCGUACAAGUGGCUGCCUAUCUAUGGUGGCAGAGUGGCUCUUAUGUACAAGGGCAAGAAACGCAAUGAGAUGCCUCCCCAUCUUUUCUCAAUCUCAGACAAUGCUUACCAUGACAUGCUUGUAGAGCGUGAAAACCAGUCUAUGCUCAUCACUGGAGAAUCCGGUGCUGGGAAGACUGAAAACACCAAAAAGGUCAUUCAGUAUUUUGCCAACAUAGGUGGCAUCAAGUUAAGUGAAGCAAGUGAUGGAAAGGGUUCCCUGGAAGAUCAAAUCAUCCAGGCCAAUCCUGUGCUAGAAGCUUUUGGGAAUGCAAAAACGACCAGAAACAACAACUCCUCCCGCUUUGGUAAAUUCAUCCGAAUUCACUUUGGUCCAUCUGGUAAACUGGCUGGUGCUGACAUUGAGAGCUAUUUGCUGGAGAAGUCUCGUGUGAUCUCUCAACAAGCUGCUGAGAGAGGCUACCACAUCUUCUACCAGAUUCUGUCUGGAAAGAUCCCAACCUUGUUGGAUUCGCUGUUGCUGGUGUCUGAUCCUAACCAGUACUUCUGGGUGUGCCAGGGUGUUGUCAAAGUGGAUAACAUGGACGAUGGUGAAGAGUUGGAACUCACUGAUGUCGCCUUUGACGUACUGGGCUUCAGUGCUGAAGAAAAGCUCAAUAUCUACAAAUUAACUGGAGCCAUUAUGCAUUUUGGUAACAUGAAGUUCAAGCAGAAACCAAGAGAGGAACAGGCAGAAGUUGACACACCUGAAGUGGCUGACAAAGUCGCACACUUGAUGUCUCUCAAUUCGGGUGAACUACAGAAGGGCAUCACCAGGCCAAGAGUAAAGGUCGGCAAUGAGUUUGUGCAGAAGAGUCAAAAUAUAGACCAAUGCUACAAUGCGAUUGGAGCCCUGGCAAAGGCUGUUUAUGACAAAAUGUUCAAGUGGAUGGUUGCAAGAAUUAACAAGACCUUGGACACGAAGUUACAGCGUCAGUACUUCAUUGGAGUGCUGGAUAUUGCUGGCUUUGAGAUCUUUGAGUUCAACAGCUUUGAGCAACUUUGCAUCAACUUCACCAAUGAGAAACUGCAACAGUUUUUCAAUCACCACAUGUUCGUCCUGGAACAGGAAGAAUAUAAGAAAGAAGGGAUUCAUUGGGAGUUUAUUGACUUUGGUAUGGAUCUACAAGCUUGUAUUGAGCUGCUGGAAAAGCCCAUGGGCAUCUUCUCCAUCCUAGAAGAGCAAUGUGUUUUCCCCAAGGCCACUGAUGACACCUUCAAGGCUGCCUUGUAUGACAACCAUCUGGGCAAGUCCAAUAAUUUCCUGAAACCGAAAGGUGGCAAAGGCAAAUCUCAAGCCACCUUUGAGAUUAUUCACUAUGCUGGCACGGUUGGCUACAACACUCACGGUUGGCUGGAAAAGAACAAGGAUCCCUUGAAUGAAACUGUAGUGGGUCUUUUCCAGAAAUCUAGCCAGGCUCUGCUACCUGUUCUCUUCAAAGAAGAGGAGGGGACAGCUACCACUAAGAAGCAAAAGAAAGGCUCAUCUUUCCAGACAGUUUCUGCCUUCUACAGGGAACAAUUGAACAAGCUGAUGACCACCCUGCGCAGCACAGCUCCCCACUUUGUCCGAUGCAUUGUGCCCAAUGAAAACAAACAGUCAGGUGUGUGUGAUGCUGGCCUGAUCCUUCAUCAGCUGGCCUGUAAUGGUGUGCUGGAGGGGAUUCGUAUCUGCAGGAAGGGUUUCCCCAACAGACUGCAAUAUCCUGAGUUUAAACAGAGGUAUCACAUCUUGAACCCUAAUGUCAUCCCCAAGGGUUUUGUUGAUAACAAGAAAGCUUCAGAAUUGGUCCUUGGUUCCAUUGGUCUCGAUAAUAAUGAGUACAAGAUUGGACACACAAAGGUAUUCUUCCGUGCUGGUGUUCUGGCUAAACUAGAGGACUUCCGUGAUGAGCGACUGGCAAAGAUUAUGACAAUGAUUCAGUGUCGUUCCCGUGGGAUGCUGAUGCGCAUAGAAUUCAAAAAGAUGCUGGAGAGAAGAAUGGCAUUAAUUGUUAUUCAGCGCAAUGUCCGCAAAUUCCUGCAACUACGUUAUUGGGGCUGGUGGAAGCUUUACACUAAGGUUAAGCCUUUGUUGAACGUGGCCCGUCAGGAGGAUGAAAUGAAGCAGAAAGAGGAAGAACUGAGAGCUGCGAUGGCUCAGACCAAUGAUCUCCUUAACCGUGUCAAGGAACUCGAGGAGAAGACAGCAACUCUCUCACAGGAAAAGAAUGACCUCUUACUGCAAGUUCAGGCUGAACAAGAAAACAUGGCUGAUCUCGAAGAACGUCUGACUCAACUCAUGAAGACAAAGAUGGAAUUUGAAAAUCAGAUCUCAGAUAUGAAGGAACGGCUUGAGGAGGAGGAGAACUCCAGCAUUAGCCUUGCAAAUCACAAGAGAAAGCUUGAGGCAGAAUUGUCUGACCUGAAACUGGACCUCGAGGGUCUGGAGACAACACUUGUAAAAACUGAGAAAGAGAAGCAGGCUCUCGAUAACAAGGUGCGUUCGCUGACCCAAGACCUCAAUCAGCGAGAUGAUACCAUCGCUAAGCUGCAAAAGGAGAAAAGAGCCUUGGAUGAGCUUCACCAGAAAACAUUAGAUGAUCUUCAGUCUGAAGAAGAAAAAGUCAAUCAUCUCACUAAGACCAAUGGAAAACUCAACUCCCAGAUCCAAGAGCUGGAGGAUAACUGGAGCCAGGAGAAGAAGAUCAGGACUGAGGUAGAGAAAGCUCGGCGAAAGGCUGAGGGAGACCUGAAGAUGACAAUUGAAAAUCUGAAUGAGAUGGAAAGAGCAAAGAUUGAUCUCGAGGAGAUUCUGAAGAAAAAAGAAAUGGAGAUUAAUUCCCUGAACUCCAAGUGGGAAGAUGAGCAGUCUCUGAAUUCCACACUGCACAGAAAACUUAAAGAGCAUCAGUCCAGAAUUGAAGAACUGGAAGAGGAACUCGAGGGAGAGCGUGCCAUGAGAGCCAAGGUUGAGAAACAACGAGCUGAAUAUUCCCGUGAACUGGAAGAACUCAGUGACAGACUGGAGGAAGCCGGUGGUGCCACAGUCUCUCAGAUUGAGCUAAACAGGAAGCGGGAAGCAGAGCUUCUGAAGUUGCGACGAGAGCUGGAAGAAUCUGCCCUGCAAUCUGAGGCCACAGCUUCUGCGCUGCGAAAGAAGCACACUGACUCCUUGGCUGAGCUGACAGAGCAGAUGGAGGGCUUGCAGAGAGUCAAAGCUAAACUCGAGAAGGACAAGCAAGUCAUGAAAGCUGAGAUCGAUGACCUCAGCACCAAUGCAGAAGCCCUGCAGAAAUCCAAGUUGAAUGCUGAAAUGCAUGUUCGUAAGUUGGAAGACAACUUAGCAGAGGCCAAUUCCAAGUACGCUGAAAUGGAAAGAAACAUGACUGAAGCCAACACAGUGAAGACAAGGCUGUCAGCUGAGAACAGUGAGUUGAGCCGUGCUUUUGAGGAGGCCCAGAGUAAACUGAACCAGCUGAUCAGGAUCAAAACUAGCCUGUCUUCUCAAGUUGAAGACCUGAAGAGGCAACUGGAAGAGGAGACAAGGGCCAGAAGUGGAGCAAUGGUGGGUCUAGCCAAUGCUAAACAUGACAUGGAUCUAACAAAAGAGCAAUUGGAGGAAGAGCAGGAGAGUAAAGCUGAGCUUCAGCGACUUGUUUCUAAACUAAACAGUGAGGUGACAACAUGGAGGACCAAAUAUGAAACUGACGCUAUUCAGAAAACUGAAGAGCUAGAGGAGACAAAGAGAAAGCUAGCUGCCAGAUUGCAGGAGGCUGAGGAAGCUGCUGAGGCUGCACAGGCACGAGCAGCAAGCCUGGAGAAAUCGAAACAGAGACUUACAGGAGAGGUGGAGGAUUUGACCAUUGAGCUGGAAAAGGCAAAUGCUGCUGCAGCUAUCUUGGACAAAAAACAACGCUCUUUUGAUAAAAUGAUGUCAGAAUGGCAGCAGAAAUAUGAAGAAUUGCAAGUUGAACUUGACAGCUCACAAAAGGAAUGCAGGAGCUACGUGACAGAAGUGUUUAAACUGAGAACAGUUUAUGAAGAGAGUAUUGAGCAACUCGAGACUGUGAAGAAGGACAAUAAGAAUCUCCAAGAUGAGAUUAAGGAACUGGUGGACCAGCUUACUGAGGGUGGAAAGAGUGUGCACGAGCUACAGAAAUUGAAGAAAAAGCUGGAAGUUCAAAGGGAUGAGCUGCAAAUAGCUCUGGAAGAGGCUGAAAGUUCACUGGAGGCAGAGGAAGCCAAAGUGGUGCGGGUUCAGCUGGAGUUGGCCCAGGUGAAGGCAGACAUUGAGAGGAGAAUCCAUGAGAAAGAAGAGGAAUUUGAAGCCACAAGGAAGAACCACCAGCGUGCCAUUGAAUCACUGCAGGCCAGCUUAGAAGUUGAGACCAAGGGCCGUGCUGAGGCACUCAGGCUGAAGAAGAAAAUGGAAGCUGAUGUAAAUGAGAUGGAGAUCCAACUGGAACAUGCAAACAAAAACAACGCCGAGUUGGUUAAAACCCUGAAGAAACUGCAGCAACAACUCAAGGAUACACAAGCUCAAAUGGAUGAGGAUGCACGUAGACAUGAGGAGCUGCGAGAACAGUUUAAUCUAUCAGAACGACGUAUUAGCCUUCUGCAGACAGAGCUGGAGGAACUUCGCAACACCCUGGAAUCCAGUGAACGAUCCCGCAAGCUCAUAGAACAAGAGUUGGUAGAAAUAACUGAACGAUACAAUGAACUCAAUGUACAGAAUAGUACUUUGGUGACUUACAAACGUAAGCUGGAAGGGGAUCUUCAGUCACUCACAAAUGAACAUGAAGAACUGAUCCAUGAGUUCCGUUCUGCUGAUGAGAAGGCAAAGAAGGCCAUGAGUGAUGCUGCCCGUAUGACUGAGGAACUGCACCAAGAACAAGAACACUGCAUGCACCUGGAAAAGAUAAAGAAGAACUUUGAGAUUCAAAUCAAGGAUUUGCAACUGAAGCUGGAAGAAGCUGAACAACAAGCCCUAAAGGGUGGCCGGCGUAUCAUCCAGAAACUGGAGGCAAAGAUUAAGGAACUGGAAUCUGAGCUGGACUCUGAGCAGAAACGCCAUGUUGAAACAGUGAAGAAUCUCCGCAAAAAUGAGCGGCGGCUGAAGGAGCUAAUCUUCCAGACUGAGGAAGAUCACAAAACCAACCAGCGUAUGCAGGAAUUGGUGGAGAAAUUGCAGAACAAGCUGAAGAGCUACAAGAGGCAGAUUGAGGAGUCUGAAGAACAGGCUACCCAGAGCCUGGCAAAAUACAGGAAAACUGUGCACGAGCUGGAUGAUGCCGAGGAAAGAGCUGGAAUGGCCGAGUGUGCGCUGAACAAACUCCGCACUAGGAACCGUGUUUCUGCAAGCAAAGGCUUCAGCACCGUCGAGGUCAUCCAGGUGUCUUCCAAAUCCACCACGGAGGAGUAGACCCAUGCUUUCUCCAACUUGGCUGGGUUAUGCAUCUCUUCCAAUCCUUCAUUGAAGACAAUAUCUCCAAAACAUCUUCCAAUCUUUUCAAAGGGUAUUGAAAUAUUUAGCAGUGAAAAGCUGCAAAAAUAAAGCAAUAGAUAUACCCAAUUGUUGAGCUAAUUUGAAGAGGUAUACUGUCUUCUAUCUGGUAGACUGGGAAACAAUCUGUUCUGGUAAUGUUGACAGUUGGAGAGGAAGUUUGCUCCCUCAAGUCAAGGAUAGAGUGUGCAGUUUGAUGUAUAACCUGGCUGAUUGUGUAAAUACCUGUGCACCUCAAUUAACCAAAUAAAUGUAUAGUGCAGCAAUGA